GCUCGCGCUCCCGCCCUCUUGCUGCGCUCGGCUGAGUCAGUCAGUCUGUUGGAGUCUGUCCUCGGAGCAGGAGGAGCGAAGGGACUUCUGAGAGCCAGCUGCUUGAUUAUUUUCUUUCCCCUCCCUUUCUCCCGCCCCGCAUCUCUCUUCAUCCCUUUCCUGCCCUUGCUCGCGCAGCCAUGGCGGAGCCGUCGGCGGCCACUCAAUCCCCGUCCGUCUCCUCGUCGUCCUCCGGGGCCGAACCCUCGGCGCCCGGUGGCGGGAGCCCUGGAUCCUGCCCCGCCCUGGGGGCGAAGAGCUGCGGCUCCUCCUGUGCGGUGCACGAUCUGAUUUUCUGGCGAGAUGUGAAGAAGACGGGUUUUGUCUUCGGCACCACACUGAUCAUGCUGCUCUCCCUGGCAGCUUUCAGUGUUAUCAGUGUGAUUUCUUACCUCAUCCUGGCUCUUCUCUCUGUCACCAUCAGCUUCAGGGUCUACAAGUCUGUCAUCCAAGCUGUACAGAAAUCAGAAGAGGGCCAUCCGUUCAAAGCCUACCUGGAUGUAGACAUUACUCUGUCCUCAGAAGCUUUCCAUAAUUACGUGAAUGCUGCCAUGGUACGCAUCAACAGAGCCCUGAAACUCAUUAUUCGUCUCUUUCUGGUGGAAGAUUUGGUUGACUCCUUGAAGCUGGCUGUCUUCAUGUGGCUGAUGACCUAUGUUGGUGCCGUUUUCAAUGGAAUCACCCUUCUGAUUCUCGCCGAACUGCUCAUUUUCAGUGUCCCCAUUGUCUAUGAGAAGUACAAGACCCAGAUUGAUCACUAUGUUGGCAUCGCCCGUGAUCAGACCAAGUCGAUUGUUGAAAAGAUACAAGCAAAACUCCCUGGAAUCGCAAAAAAAAAGGCAGAAUAAGUACAUGGAAACCAGAAAUGCAACAGUUACUAAAACACCACUUAAUAGUCAUAACGUUAUUACCUGUACUAUGAAGGAACGCGCUCAGCGUCAGCUCGAGCCUGCAUUCCAAGCUUCUUUUUCUUAAUUUGUUUUCUCCCCUCCUUUCCCGUUACCCUCAGUAUCAAGCACAAGAAUUGUUGGACUAAAAAAAGAACUGAUACCUUAGGAUCCAAAAGAAUAAAGAAAGAGUCAAAUUAAUAGGAUAAAUCGUACCUUAAUGGUGGCGGAGCUUUUACUUGUAGCUUGAAAGGGGAGAGGUUGGAGGUCAAGGAAAUAAUGAAAGAAAGCACUGCUCUUGGACUCUGCUAUCCAGGUCUCAAGGACUAGUCUUACCCAGCUUCCCAUCCGAGUUUUACCCUUAUUUUUAUGUUAAGAAAUAAUGAUUAACUUAUGAGGAAAUUAUCUGGGGACAGGAGUGGGAUUCCUUCCCAUGGGUUUUGGUGAACCUCUGAUCCCAUCUUCCGGCCCCACAAUGUGAGCAGCUACUCCUAAUACUCCUCUUCUUUGUGUAAUGCUAUAGCUUCCAACUCUAUGAAUAACCUGUAGGUGAUAGAGAUAGUUCCUGCUUCCCAGAAUGCCGUCUGGGAACCAAGAAUGGAAAUGGAAGGUGGGGCUGGGACGACCCUCCCCUCCCGCUCCCCCCUAGGAAAGGAAAGUCUCUGCCUUUGGGAGGGUGGCAUCUGUGUCUAUUCUCGUGGGCACCAGUUCUGGGCUUUAGUUUGAGAACUCAUUCCUGAAUGUGCUUUCCUCCCUCUUCCUUGCCCACCUCACCUCAAGUUUAAUAAAUAUGGUUGUACUUUUCUUAUUAUGAAAUAAAUGUCUGUAACUGCUGUACACUGCUGUAAACUUGUUAGAGAAAAAGUAUAAUCCGCAUGUGGGCUCCUCA